AUGGUUGAAAAAUCCAUGCUCCAAACCCAAGUAGAAAGUGUAGAAAGGAAAGCAAAAAGAGAAGUAGAAAGAUAUCCCACGGCCCUGCCCAGCUGCUUCUUGGUGGUCCUGGUGGUGCUCAGCUGCCUCUCUCUUAUCUCCCUGGGAUGUGACCUGCCUCAGGAACACGGACUGAUGCAUUGGAGGGCCUUGAUGCUCCUGCGACACAUGAGGACACUGUCUGCUAGCUCCUGUGACAAGUACGCAAACGACUGUUUCCCCCAGGAGGUGUUUGACGGCAAGAAGCUGCAGAAGGCUCAAGCCCUCUCUGUCGUCCAUGUGACAAACCAGAAGACUUUCCACCUCUUCUGCACAGAGGCCUCACCUGCUCCCUGGAACACGACCCUCCUGGAGGAGUUGUGCUCGGGACUUUCUGAGCAGCUGGGCCACCUGGAAGCCUGUCCCCUGCAGGAGGUGAGGGUGGGAGAGACGCCCCUCGUGAAUGGGGACUCCAUCCUGAGGAACUACUUCCAGAGAAUCUCUCUCUAUCUGCAAGAGAAGCAAUACAGCCCUUGUGCCUGGGAGAUGGUCCGAGCAGAGAUCAUGAAACCCUUGUAUGCAUCAACAGCCUUUAUAAGAGAUCGAGGAGCAGGAAGUGACACCCCUUUCAAUAUGGAAAUGAUUCUCUCUGAAGAAUACUAUCACACUCCCAG